AUGGGGAGGGAACUGGGUCAGCGGAACAUGUGUAGGGACAUGAUGGGUGAACUGGAGGCGCAGAUGAACUCUCCAUUGGACUUUCACGGACAAAAAGUAGUCAUUCGUAUUGCGGAGCAACCUUGGUUCAAUGAUAAUAACUCUGAGGACCACAAUACCGAGGAUCACAUGCCCAUGCAACGGGUCCUUUGGGAGUUCCUCGAGCGGCUCGAGGUAUGGGAACCUACGAUGCGGCCGAUGGAGGUCAGCGUGGUGCAAACACUUGCUACUGGCACUCCCGAACUUCUCGACCAGGACGAAAAAGAGAACGGAGCUGCUGGCCCGGAGAACGAAGGGCAAAGGAGGGUUCUUGUGCUGUCAUGCCGUGCUCCUGGCGGCAGGAAAUUCUACAACGUCAUCUUUAAACGACCUGGAUCUUCCCGCGCCCUGAAAACUGAGCUUGAAUCCCACCCUAAAGGUUACUUCACCAUCAUUCAUUUAGACAUGCUGCUUGUCCACAAGCGCCCUCGAAAGUCUGAGCCCGGAACUCCUAGAAUCUACUUCCAAUUCGUCAACCAAAACAAGUCUGAAGUGAUAGAGGAGGACCUGAAAGCGGCCAAUAAAGUUGCCGCACUGCUUCUGCUUCAUGGUGUUCAGGAUGUUGUCAUUGCUCCCUGUCCACAUGCCAGGUCCGCCAUCGAGACGGCAGCUACAGUACUUUUGAGCAGUGGCAUACGUACCGUGGUUACUUUGGCCUAUCACAUCACUGAAAUUGAUGCCGGGGUAUUCAUAAGAUCACUCUACAUUGGGUACAUUCAUGAGAAGCUCCCACUGGAGGAAGCGGCUCGAGCAGCUCGACGGCACUUGAGGGGAAUCGAAGGCGAUGAGAAGCCAAUUUGUGAUUUUGUGGCGUUGACGUAUGUCAACUCAGACUGGCUUCCAUCUACCACUUUGAGUGUUGACUGCAAGUCUCCCAAGCAGGAGCAGAGCCAUACUAACUCUCUGUAUGGGCGAGAACAUGACAUUGUCCAUAUAGAAUCCAUACUUUUGCCUGGAAAGCCGCUGCCGCUAUUGAUCUAUGGAAUGGCUGGCAUUGGAAAGACGGCUCUGUUGGAUCAUUUAUGUACAUGGUGA